UAAGACUGUCUGAAUAUCGCGUAGCGUAAUAGCCCUUUAUGUUAAUUACACCAAAAAGUAUCUCACUUUUCCGUGAUAAGAUCAGUGAUCUGUGAUUGCGACAAUGGACAUGAUUUCUAAUAUUUUAUUGGAGUCUUUACAAUUUGCUCUUGUCGUUUGUCAGUUAUCAAAACUGUAAUGUAAACAAUAUAUUUUCUAAAUUAUAAACUUUUUAAAUAUACUAUAAAAUUCAUCAAUCUAAUCUUAUUGAGUUAGUAGCCUCGAAAAUCAAUUAUUAUUUUAAUACUGUUAAAUCUAUACUCCCUAAUUUCUAUUGCUUUAUUAGAUGGCGUUUCCUCAGCCUAAUGCACAAAGAGAGUUAACGAACAGGAAGAUUUUAGAAGAAUUACAACUAAAAAAGCAAAUGCUCCUCAAACAAGGAGCCGUUGCCCCACUCACUGCAACCACUAUUUCACUGACCCAGUCAAAUCCUGUCAGCCAGCUGCCUAUGUGCUCUAUACCACCACUUUCUGCGACUGCUGGAUACCCACAGUUACCAGAAGCAAAUAUAGUAAACACAAGCCACAGGGCAGCACUCCAACACGCUAACGCGACGUCUUGUGGUUACUUUGUUUCUCAAGACUCUUCUUUUGGAAAUCAAAUAUUACCUGUUCUACCCCGUUUUGAUAAAUAA